AGAGGAGUCACUGAGAGGGGCUUGACUUUCCUCUUAGUAAGCUCACCUGCUUCACCAAUCCUCUCUGUCUCUCUCUCUCUCCUUUUCUUUUACUCCCCUCAGAGGAUCAGAAAAGCUGCAACCAUGAGUUACAGGAGCAGUGGCAGCAUGAGUGGAGGCUUCAGCUCCGGCGGAGGCUUCAGCUCCGGCGGUGGUGGCGGCGGCAGCAUUGUGAGGAAGAGCUUCUCAAGCUUCUCCUCUUCAGCAGCCCCUGUGGGCUCCAGCCGUAUGAGCAGCUCAUCCGUUAGACGCUCCGGAGGAGGUGGUGGGGGCGGCUUCGGCAUGGGCGGUGGUGGAAGUGGAGGAGGCUCCAGCUUCAGCUAUAUGAGCAGCGCUGGAGGCAUGGGUGGCGGCGGUGGUGGUGGAGGAGGCUUCGGCAUGGGUGGCGGCGGUGGAGGCUUUGGCCUGGGUGGCGGCGGUGGAGGCUUCGGCCUUGGUGGCGGCGGUGGAGGCUUUGGCCUGGGUGGUGGCGGCGGCGGAGGUGGCUUCGCCCCCAUCACAGCUGUCACAGUCAACUCAAGCCUGCUUGCCCCCCUCAAUCUGGAGAUCGACCCCAACAUCCAGACUGUCCGCACCCAUGAAAAAGAUCAGAUCAAGGGCCUCAACAACCGCUUUGCCUCCUUCAUCGACAAGGUACGCUUCCUGGAACAGCAGAACAAGAUGCUGGAGACCAAGUGGAGCCUCCUGCAGGACCAGACCACCACCCGCUCCAACAUUGAUGCCAUGUUCGAGGCCUACAUUGCCAACCUGCGCAGACAGCUCGACGGCCUGGGAGGAGAGAAGGUCAAGAUGGAAGGAGAGCUGACAACCAUGCAGGGUCUGGUGGAGGACUUCAAGAACAAAUAUGAAGAUGAAAUCAACAAGCGUGCCGCAGUGGAGAACGAGUUUGUCCUCCUCAAGAAGGAUGUUGAUGGUGCCUACAUGAACAAGGUUGGGUUGGAGGCCAAGGUCGACGCCCUUCAGGAUGAGAUCAACUUCCUCAGGGCCAUCUAUGAAGCGGAGCUGAGUGAACUGCAGGGCCAGAUCAAGGACACCUCAGUGGUGGUGGAGAUGGACAACAGCCGUAACCUAGACAUGGACUCCAUUGUGGCUGAAGUGCGCGCCCAGUAUGAGGACAUCGCCAACCGCAGCAGAGCCGAGGCCGAGACAUGGUACAAGCAGAAGUUUGAGGAGAUGCAGUCCUCUGCAGGACAACAUGGUGAAGAUCUGCGCAACACCAAGUCAGAGAUUGCCGAGCUGAACCGCAUGAUCAGCCGUCUCCGAAACGAGAUCGAAAACGUCAAGGGACAGCGUUCUACCCUGGAAGGCCAGAUCGCUGAGGCUGAGGAGCGCGGGGAGAUGGCAGUGAAGGACGCCAAGCUCCGCAUCAGGGACCUGGAGGAUGCCCUCCAGAGAGCCAAGCAGGACAUGGCCCGGCAGGUGCGCGAAUACCAGGAGCUGAUGAACGUCAAGCUGGCCCUGGACAUUGAGAUCGCCACCUACAGGAAACUGCUGGAAGGAGAGGAGGACAGGAUUACCUCUGGAGGUGGAACUGCAACCAUCCACAUAACCUCCAGCAGCAGCGGUGGUGGUGGCGGUGGAGGCGGUGGAUUCGGCAUGGGCGGAGGCGGUGGAGGCUUCGGAUAUGGCGGCGGCAGUGGCAUGUCCAUGAAAAGCGGCGGUGGCGGCGGUGGCUUCGGCAUGAGCAGCGGCGGUGGCUUCGGCAUGAGCAGCGGCGGUGGCGGCGGUGGCUUCAGCAUGAGCAGCGGCGGUGGCGGCGUCUCCAUGUCCCGCUCCUCUAUGACCUCCUCAUCCAGACGCCUCUAAACGCUUCUAAA